CAAUCCUAUUAUCACUCUGUGUCCUGGCUUCUCUGGGGGAGAAAGAGACUAGUAGUAAUUCUAGCAAUUCUGGAUAGCUAUUCCUAUAGACUUAUAUUAUUUUGGUUUUUCUUUUCUUAAUUUUGGCAACGAGAAAAGGAAGCUUUUUCUUUUAUGCAGUGACCAGGUUUUCUGUGGUUGCUUAGGAUUAAUAGCAUCUAGCACAGCUGAAGAAAAAGAUAGUUGGGGAAGAGAAAAGAGGAGGAGACUGAAGAGGAGCAUCAUUUAUACCUUGCUGUAUAUAUGAAAAAGCUUUUGCAGUUUGUGUGAUUUGAGCAUAUUUGUUUCUACACAGCAAGGUAUUUCUUCUUAUUUCCUCAGAAGGCUUUUCCUUUUAGUUCUUUUUUGUUGUGCCAGCUGAGUCAUCAUGUCUGCCUUGACGCCUCAAAGCGAUAUGCCAACCCCCACUACAGACAAGAUCACGCAGGCUGCCAUGGAGACCAUCUAUCUUUGCAAAUUCCGAGUGUCUAUGGAUGGAGAAUGGCUCUGCCUGCGCGAGCUGGAUGACAUCUCACUUACCCCCGACCCAGAACCUACCCAUGAAGAUCCUAAUUAUCUCAUGGCUAAUGAACGCAUGAACCUGAUGAAUAUGGCUAAACUGAGUAUAAAGGGAUUGAUUGAAUCAGCACUUAAUCUGGGCAGAACACUGGACUCUGACUAUGCACCUCUUCAGCAGUUCUUCGUAGUGAUGGAACACUGCCUUAAACAUGGCUUGAAAGCCAAGAAGACUUUUCUGGGACAAAAUAAGUCAUUUUGGGGACCUCUGGAGCUGGUAGAGAAGCUUGUUCCUGAAGCUGGAGAGAUCACAGCAAGUGUUAAAGAUCUGCCGGGGCUUAAGACGCCUGCGGGUAGAGGAAGAGCCUGGCUUCGCCUGGCCUUAAUGCAGAAGAAGCUUUCAGAAUACAUGAAAGCUUUGAUUAACAGAAAGGAUCUUCUCAGUGAAUUUUACGAGCCUAAUGCUCUCAUAAUGGAAGAGGAAGGUCACAUAAUUGCUGGCCUCCUAGUAGGGUUGAAUGUCAUUGAUGCAAACUUCUGCAUGAAAGGAGAAGACUUGGAUUCACAGGUUGGAGUUAUUGAUUUUUCAAUGUACUUGAAGGACACCAACAGCAGUAAGGGCAAUGAAGGAGAUGGUCAGAUAACUGCUAUUCUGGACCAGAAAAAUUAUGUAGAAGAACUCAAUAGACACUUAAGUGCCACUGUAAACAAUCUGCAGGCAAAGGUGGAUGCUUUAGAAAAAUCCAACACUAAACUUACUGAAGAGCUUGCAGUUGCAAACAACAGGAUUAUAACACUGCAAGAAGAGAUGGAACGAGUUAAAGAAGAAAGUUCUUACCUCUUGGAAAGUAAUCGUAAGGUAACUAAGCAAGACAGAACUGCAGAUGGACUUGCACUGAGUGAAGCACGGAAACAGUUAAAGGAGGAGACUCAGCUACGGCUGGAUGUAGAAAAAGAACUAGAGGUGCAGAUUGGAAUGAGACAAGAGAUGGAGCUGGCCAUGAAGAUGCUGGAAAAAGACGUUUGUGAGAAGCAGGAUGCACUUGUGGCACUCAGACAGCAACUAGAUGAUCUCAGGGCACUAAAGCAUGAACUCUCUUUCAAGCUGCAGAGUUCAGACCUGGGAGUGAAACAGAGGAGUGAAUUAAACAGCCGUUUGGAGGAGAAGACAAAUCAGAUGGCUGCUACUAUUAAACAGCUUGAACACAGAUUGCGACAGGCAGAGAGAGAACGUCAGUCCGCUGAGGGGGACAACCGGCUCUUCAAGCAGGAAUUUGGUGAAAAGAUCAACAGUCUUCAGAUAGAAGUGGAACAGCUCACCAAGCAGCGGGAUCAACUUGAACAAGAAUUGAAACGGGAAAGAGACAGAUUGUCAUCAAUACACCAGGGUAUCCGAGAAAACAAAAUCACAGUAGCCCAAGGCAAGGGCUGCCAGAAGAUGCAAUUAAAAAUGGAUGGAAAGCAGAAAAUCCAGGAAGAAAAUGCCAGAUUGAGAGAACCUGGAAGAGGGGAAAAUGCUGUUCUUCCAAACAAGAUACAAUCUGUCAUAAAAGAAGAGCAGGAACUGCCAUCUGGACCUGCAAAAGCACAGAUAUGCCAGCUGUGCCAAGAGGAAGGCAGUCUCACCAAAACAAAGAACAUUUGCAAGAACUGUGGCGGAAUCUUCUGUGAGGCCUGUUCAGCUAAUGAACUGCCCCUUCCAUCCAGCAUAAACCCAGAGCGUGUUUGCAACACCUGUCACGAACAGCUGAUACAGCAAUAUUCCACAAGCCCAUUGUAGGACUCCGCAUGUGGGACAGUGAUGACCAAUCAAGGCUUGGUCCAGCUAUGAAAUCUUGUAGCUUAGGUCUCGGCUCUGAAGCUCUUCGGGCGAGUUUCUAGAGAAGAAUCUCUCUUCCCUCUGCUCUUGCAAGGUCAAAGAGCGGAAGUACGUUAUGUUCACAUUCUCUCUCUCAACUGUCAAUUUAAAAUGGUGGUCCGAGCCUUCCUUCAGGAGAACACCCCCACUUUCAGGCAUGAGCUGCUGUGCGAGGAACCGUUCAGAAUUUUGUGUCAGAGUAGCCUUAAUGCAUGUUCAUUUUCAUGUACCAUGGCAACUACAAGAAGAGGUAAAAACGCAUGUACAAAGGUUUACUUAAGUGCUUUGUUUGAAGGCAAAAUGGAAUGAACCAGAUGAUAACUGAAACAAAGAACGAGAAGGAAUUUUUCACCCGCAUGUGUGACUCUGCUUAAAACACCACUUUCCCUUUUCCCUUCUGUCCCUGGCAGUGCUAAUGAACUGUGGUGCUCUAGUUCAAACAGAAAAAUCCCACAAAAGAACUGGGAAUUGAACAUGUGUGUGGCACAUCAUUUCUCAGUUCAGUCCUCUCUUGGGCUCCAGUUUGGUUGUGUAGAGUAACAGGAAAGAUUUAAAAGAUUUGGGGUUUUUUUUUUGAGGUGUGUGUGAGAGAUGAGAACUGAAUAGCAGCCACUUCACUCACUCAGCACAGUAAGCUUGAGUGAAAUACUCAGACAUUAAAUACAACUGGUUUUUUUUUUUUUUGUAAAAACAAACACCUUCGAACUUUAUAGUGGAAGUUCUCGUGACAUUCUAAAAACUAUAAAUCUGUUUUGUCUUGACCUGAUAAUUAGAGGAUGGAUCUUGAUUCCAAAAUAUUUAAAUUUAAAUAUAUAUAUACUGGUCUUUAUUUAAACAGAAUAUUUAGGGGCAUGUUUGUACAUUCUGUCCAGCAUACUGUUCCUACUAAUGUUGUGCACAUUAAUCAGCUGUUUAAGCAGCAAAUGUGUUUUUUUAUUAAAAUAGUCAUAAGACUGAUCAUUUUGUAGCCACAAGAAGUGAUUACUGCUAGUAGGAGGCUCAAAUGUGCUAAUUUGAAAUUCACUUUCAAAUAGGUUUUACGGUUCAUACAAAGAUAAUCUGACAUAUGACAUUUUACUAUCUAAGGCUUCUCUGCUACCCCAAAAGACACCACCUUCUUUCUGAAGUACACAGCCACUUGUACCUCUCUAUGUAAGGGCUCCAGCCCGCCCCUGCCAAAAGUGCAAAAUUACAAAUGCUGGUAUGCAUCCCACUCCCAAGAGAGGGGCUUAGGUUAUUUGGCCUACUUUGUAUUGGAAACCUAACUGAACCACCAAGACCACAGAAUGUAUUGUAAUCUUUAGAAAACUGACUUAUGUAUAUUUAUAUGUAUGUGGGGGUGUUGCAUUAAUUUUGUACAAAUCUAUAGGGAAACCUGGUUUAUUUCUCUAAAGGUGAUUAUAUGCAAAUUAAAUCUGUUAGAACUACAUUGGAAGUGUGUAGAUGAGUUCAGGCCACUUGAUUGGGCCAGUGAUGAUCAGUAUAUAAUCUAGUCUGACUCUCCCUCUGCUGACUGCAGGCAACUAGCAGGGCCUCUUUCACAGGAGCCAACAUGAGGGAGUGAAUGGGACUCAGGAAAGUAGGGGGAACAGAGAGGAAAACAUUACAAGAUCAGUUUGAAAUGGUUUCUUCUUCUAAUAUUUCCCCCUUAAAAUAGUAGUUAUCUUCCUGCAAUUGACUAUAGCAACUUCUCAGGAGGAAUUAAAAAAAAAAGUAGCUUUGUGUUUGGAAUCUAAGUGGGAAAUAUGGUGCUUUCAACUUUCUAGGAAGACCGUUUAAUUAGGGGCACCAGUGCAGAGUCAGGGACAGCACUUUGAGUGACUGGAAAAGAUCCUUGACUAAUGGAUCUUUUAUCUGUAGGUGAGGUUGGUGGCUUUUGCAGGGAGGAUAAAUAUUCAAUAUGCAUAUACUGUACAAAUCUACAGGAUUUUACAUCUGCUAGUCAAGUUGGUUUUGUUUUUUGCUAGUCAGAGUAGAAACUGAAAUGUAAGCCAUUCUAAGAGCAUUUGGAUAUUAUAGUACUUAAUUUUACUGUGUAAAUGCUGACAUGUCCACAUUCCCUUGUGAGUGUGAUGAGAAGCUCUGAGAUGGUAGCCGAUUCCUUGGUUGCCUUUAUACCUUCUUUUGAUCUUCACAAAAAGGAAAAUUGCUGCUAUCCUUCUUAAAUACUAAUGCUACAAUUCUAAAAUCUCAAUUUUUAAAAGCAGGAUAAAGUCACUUAAAAUCCACUGUGCUCAACAACUUCAGUUUACUUCAGCCAUGAGGAGUUAGUAGUAUAUUUGUGUACAUCUGAGAUUCAGGAAGAGUUAAAAUUAAAUGUCAGAAUUACAAUGUGAUUUCCAAGAUGGCUCCUACAUCGGUCCUCUGAUGUUAUCCUCAGUAUUAAAGGCUUGUAAAUGCAGUGCUGGCCCCAUUACUGUACACAAUGUUGAAUACCACCUCUAAGGGAAAUUCUGCAAGCAUGUUUGCUCUGAUAUUGUUCGUAGGUGUAGCCCUGAAAGCUAAGUGGGAGGGGAAGGUAUUUUCUGGCACUGCUGUUCCACACAAAAUAAAACUGCUUAAAGAAUACUUUC